GUUGCAGUGCGACUGCGCGUGCACGCAGCGGUGAUUUAACGCACUGUUUUGUUUUGUUUUUUUCUUCUUACUCCCGCGGACUGCAUGCGGAGGACGUGAUCUGCUCCCGCCUGUGUGAUCAGCCUGCUCUUCCUCUCCGGCGCUGGGGAAAAACAACAAAAGACUUAAAUCACAUCAUGCCUCCCUCAAGGCCAUACACCCACUCCAUUAGGCCACCUCUGCCUUUUCGAGCUUAUAAUGGUUCCAGUGUCUUCUGUACUGGGGAAAAUGUCACAGAGUGCAUGGAGUACAUCAGUAAUGCGCUGUCGUCUCUGGGUUUGCCAUCAACUCAAAUAGACUCCAAUAGAAAUCAAGAACUUGAUCUUAUUUUGAUCCUAAAUAACAUGUAUGAUCUGCUACAGCUCCAUCAGUUUGCAAUGGGAGGUGUGGAGGAACAGGAAGUCGUGCAACUCAAGGACCAGCUCGAGCUUUCCAAUAAGGACAAUGACAAAUUACGUAAACGGGAACAGCACUUAGAAGCUAACAUAAAGUCUUUGCAAAGAUGCUUGAGAAGUGAAAAAGAGGAGGUUCAAAAGCUUCAGAACAUCAUCGCAAGCCGAGCCACGCAGUACAACCACAGCAUGAAGAGGAAAGAGAGAGAGUUCAGCAGGCUUAAAGAGCACCUCAGUCAGUUACUCACUGACAAGAAGGAUCCAAAACAGAGGAUGGAGGUUUUGAAUUAUGUUGAGAGGUCUGAUGGCAGGAGAGGUCCACGGAAAACUGGAAGAACAGAUUCAAGACAUGAAACUGAAAUGUGCAGGACUCUUCUGAACGAGUUUGACAAACGCCAAAGGGACCUAAUGAUGGAAAAUUACGAGCUGAAAAAAGUGCUCCAGCAAAUGAAACAGGAAAUGGUGCUGAUAUUAAGUUCAAGGAACCACGUCCAAAGACAGGAGCAAUGCACUGAGUUCACAGAUCAGCAUAUAGCUGAUGAAGAGGAGACAUCUUUUAAGGGGACUUUGGAUAUGUCAUGUGAACACGCUCGAGAGAAGCUUACCAACAGCAUUCGGCAGCAGUGGAGAAAAGUCAAAGAUCAUAUGGAAAGCCUUGACAACAAAGCGGUGGUGUUGCAGUUGGGAAAGGGGGUCAACGACGAGAUGAUCUCAAAGCAUGUCCAUCAGGAAGAAACCGAGAGACUCAAAAUGGAGAUCCAGCAAUGCAUGGACUUUAUUCAGACUCAGCAGCAGCUCUUGCAGCAACAGCUUAACACUCCGUGUGAUGAGGAGACUGCAGCAGUCCUGAAUGACUGCUACAUGUUAGAAGAGAAAGAGCGCCUAAAAGAGGAAUGGAGAACUUUUGAGGAGCAGAGGAAGACCUUUGAAAUGGAGAGGAGGAGCUUUACAGAGGCAGCCAUUCGAUUGGGGAAUGAGAGGAAGAUAUUUGAGGAAGAUCGCGCCACCUGGCUGAAACACCAGUUUUUGAACAUGACAUUCACCGAGCAGAUGAGGACACACAAUGUCAUAUCAGAAUAUUCUGGUCAAGAACAGAAACAUAUUUCAGCUCCGAAAACACCCCUCUAGCCACCGUGAGUCAAGCAUGCAGUGGUGAUUAUUGUAUGUCUGUAUUUUUCGAAGACCACUGAACCGAGAGAGCAUCAGAACGACGCUACGAAGGCGACAUCCAGGCCAUCAUGUGAAAUGUGAUCGUUUUCGUAGUAGCUCACUGAUCCAUGCUUACGUUUGGUAUACAGUGUCCUGCUUCGCUCUGACUUGGUCUGAUAAUGCGGUAUUUGAUGCAGAACCAUAGGUUUGCUUACUGUUUUACAUAAUAGAAGAAAUACAGAUACCACUAAAGUGCUUCAGUCAUAUCGUACAAUGUGUGCAUUUAAUGCUUAAUCCUUAAGCCUUUGUGGUUUAAAGACUCUUUAUGGGCAAGAAACUGCCAUCUACUGUAUUAAAAUUAAGAGAGACACACCUCUGUAACCAUACAGUGUAUCACUUAACAUCUUCCUGUUGUAUGAUUUGCAUAGAUAUUUAUGGAUUUACGGAUGUAAGUUUCGAAUUAACUUGUUUAUUUAAGAUUUAAUCUAAUUAAUAGUUUGUCGUGUUUAAGGUGUUGUUUGGUGUUUGUAGUUGUAGUUACUGUAGGAGUGGGAAUCACCAAGGGCCACCCAAUGCGAUAUUAUCACCAUACCUCAGCAUCAAUUCGAUUUGUUUACAGGAUCAUAAAGAAAAAAGCAACUUUUUACCACUUCAAAUACAAACACACAGCAUAUUAAUAAAAAAAUUGUUUAAAAAAAAAAGUGAUACAUGAAUUGCUACACAAAAGAAUUGUGAUACGUAACUGAAUCUAUUUUUGCCCGUCUCAAAUACUUAUUCUAUUAAUUUAGUGUAUUUCACUGAGAUUAAGUUCCUUGAAAUGUCUACAGCCCAGUUGAUGUGAAGAAGUUUAAUCAAUA